GGCUUAGAAGAACUUGGGUGUAUUUAGCGCUGACGGAGGGCUCAAAUUAGUGCGACGGCAACACAACAGCCUCGUACCACAAGAGUGUCUCAUACAACAACAUUUACAGGUCAACAUUUCUUCCCUGAUGCUCAAGGAAUCAUGUCUACUUCAUCCGCCGCACCCUCUGAUGAUACCCAGCGUCCGCUUAGGGCCUCCCAUUCUGCUAUCAAUGACCACGAUGAGAUAAUGGAAGUUGAAGACGAAGUUGAUGAUUCAUCUGAUUCACCAAACCAUCUUAGUAAAGAAAUGGAGUCAGAGGGGCAUAGCAGGCACUUGGGAUCAGGUUCGUCUCAAGGAAAAUCUAAGUUGAGGCUACCAUCUGAUGUCCUUGCUGUAGAAGAGAGUAAAGGCAAUUCCAGAACUUCAUGUUCUUCAAAUAAGCCAUUCAAAAGACAAAAGAAGGUGUCAUAUGAAAUCUGUGAGGAAUCUAAGUAUCCAAAAUCAGGGAAAUAUUUGGCUUUGGCUAAGGACAAUGGUAGUCUAGAAUCUGAGAUAUCUAAGAAAGAUAUAGGAGCUGUUCAAAAAGUGAGAACCCCUGAAGAUUAUGAAAUGCAUAAUGAUUGUGAGGCUCGUUUUUGUGAUAGUGAGAUUAUGGAUGCUGAGACCACCAGUCCCUCUAGUAUUACCAGAAAAAAUGUGGCUGCAGCCAUCCCAAUAAGAGACCGCCUUGAUGAAGGGCCUUCUGAGGAAGAAAUUAAGCAAAUGGACAUGCAUUCAGGAGAUGAUAUACGGAGAAUGGCAUCAAGGUAUUCCAGAUCGGCCUCUCCUGCAGUAAGGACUAGAAGUUUGUCCCCUGGUGCUGAGAUUAAGGAUGGAAACAAACGCCCAGUAGUUAUCUGUGACUUCUUUACUAAAGGGUGGUGCAUCAAAGGGAAUUCAUGUAGGUUUCUUCAUUUGAAAGAUGAUACGAAUAAUACAAGCCAACAGCCUGAGAAAGAUGCAGCUGCUGCAACUGUGAGAACAGAUGCUCAGUUUGAUGAAGGUUUGACAAUUAUAACUGAUAGAUCAAGAUUGCCUUGUUUUCCCGAGCCACUGGCCUCUUCUGUUAGAAAUAAUCCUUCAUUGUCUUCCGAUUUGUCUUUGGAAAGGAUCCUGCCGCAAGAACUGGGAGAAAGCAAAGGAAUGCCUCAGUUACAGGAAAAUCAUAGAUUUUCAUCACUGCAGAGGGAGAAUAUUUCUCUGGGAAAGAACUCUUCUUCCCAGGGGUUGGCUUCAACCUGGGAUGAUCUUGGGCUUAUCUCGUCAUUUAAGGAUGGAGGAAGAGAAGGUUUAAGACAAAAUUGGUCUGUUGAUGAUUAUAGAAACCAUGGAUCAUUGUUAAGUGGAGGCAAUUCUCCUAUGUUCAGGAACAGCUUGCUUCCUGAGUAUAGAUCUUCUCCAAGUAUGUAUAGGCUUAGUGAUUAUUCUUCACUGAGUCAUCCUUUGAAUUCAAGCUUGAGCACUUCUGGUCCAACUGGUGGCAAUUUGCCAUCUCACCAUGUUUCAGCCUGGAUAGGAUCAUCUCUGCCUUUUAAUUCUUCCUCUUUGAAUGCAAGUCCUCUCAGUGCUCAAAAGCUGUUCGUGUGUGAUAGAAAAUGCCAUACUUCUAAAUCGUCUUCGUUGCUUAAAAGCUCUUCCCCCUUCUCUGGUUCUGAACCAGAAAAACCACUGCUCUCUGCUGAUCAUAAAACAAAAGUAUCAUCCAAUGAUUGGGAACCAUCUCUACCUUUUCGACCAUCUUUUUUUAUCGAUCAUACAAUUAUAUCUUCUCCAGGAAGUCAGUAUGACCCGCUUCAUGAUGGCUUUGACUCACCUAAGAUAGGAGACAUUUCUCUUAAAGUUUCUGUCUCUAGUGUGAAGGCAUCCACUGUAAACACACCACAUCAUCAAAUAUAUGGUGAUUCAAUGUUGUCUAGGACCAUUGUCCCAGAAUGCACUGGCGACAAAAGUUCUGUAUCUUCUCAAUGCGGAUUCCAUGAGAAUUUGUUGGACCAGAAUUGCCAUACACCUGGAAAAGAUUCCCAUACAGGGGGAGAAGAGGCAGUGGGGACAUCUGUUGAUUUGCAAAAUGUGACAAUGCGCAAAGAAGCUGACUCUUCAGUUUCCACUUGUGUGAAAGAUAUUUCAAAGUCAAAAAAACUUGAUACAAGUCAUGAUAGUAGACAACAAAAUGAUGGGUCUAGAUGCAAUAAGGACUUGAAAGCAGAUAGGGUGAGGCAAAACAGUGAAACGGAUCUUGAGCAUACUUCAAAUGGGGAUGUGCAAAAGGAAUCAAAAGCAAUGAGACAAUUCCGUUCUGGUCUUGUCAAUUUUGUUAAAGAAUUAUUGAAACCAACUUGGCGAGAGGGUAAGCUCAACAAGGAUGCACAUAACAGAAUAGUCAAAAAAGCAGUUGACAAGGUUCUCCAUGCCUUACAGCCCCACCAAAUUCCAACCACAUUGGAAUCAGUUAAGCAUUAUCUUUCUUCAUCCCAACCAAAAAUUGCAAAGCUUAUUGAGGGAUACGUUGAUAAAUAUGGCAAAUCUUGAGAUGCCAGCCCAUUUUAUCUUUUGUACAGUUUCUUACUCGUUCUAGUAAUUGGUGAAGUUAUGAAUAUUUUGUUUGAGGGCAAACUAACUUGUAAAAAAUUGAGGUUCAAUUGUGAAUUUUUGGAAUCUUCUUAUGAGAUGUUUCGCUUUUUACACCAUUCAUAUUUCAUUUUAUUUGAUUGAUUGGAGAAUUAUAGUAAAUAUCUGCUUUAGUUUCAAUAGUUACUCUGCCAUCACAUAUUAUAUUAGCCUUUUAGCAAUAUUUAAAAUGGGAGUUUUGUGUUUAAUAGCCUUUCCUGGUCACUUAAACUUCUUUGUAUUAAACUUCUCUGUACUACUUUGAUUCCUUGUUGAACUGAAAUGAUAAAGAGAUAUUUUUU